AUGUCUGGACGCGGCAAAGGAGGCGCCAAGCGGCACAGGAAGGUGCUCAGGGACAACAUCCAGGGCAUCACCAAGCCUGCCAUCCGCCGCCUGGCACGGAGAGGGGGAGUCAAGCGCAUCUCUGGCCUCAUUUAUGAGGAAACUCGUGGGGUCCUCAAGGUUUUCCUGGAGAAUGUCAUCCGGGACGCUGUCACCUACACCGAGCACGCCAAGAGGAAGACCGUUACCGCCAUGGAUGUGGUGUACGCUCUCAAGCGCCAGGGCCGCACUCUCUACGGCUUCGGCGGAUAA